GGUACCACCAAUCAGCGCGGGCCACGGUAAGAUUUGGUCUAUAUUUUCAUUGCAUAGCUAGUUUUGGCAAGCUUGCCAUAACAGCGAUAAAGUUACGUUAGUCACAUCUGAAAGGAGGCUGAUACAACAAUGAGAUCAGUUUUAGGUGUGCUGUUGUGUUCCUGGGCCGUCCUGUCGGUCCAUGGCCUGUACUCCCCCAGUGAUGACGUGGUUGAGCUCACUCCCUCCAACUUCAACCGGGAGGUUCUGCAAAGUGACAGCCUGUGGCUGGUGGAGUUCUAUGCCCCCUGGUGUGGACACUGCAAGAACUUGGUACCUGACUGGAAGAAGGCCGCUACUGCUCUGAAGGGCAUCGUGAAGGUCGGUGCUGUGGAUGCAGACCAGCACAAAUCUCUGGGCGGGCAGUACGGCGUGCGGGGCUUCCCCACCAUCAAGGUCUUUGGAGCCAAUAAGAACAAACCAGCGGACUACCAAGGUGGCAGGAGUAGCCAGGCUAUAGUGGACGAGGCUAUAAACGCCUUGCGCUCCCUGGUCAAGGACCGGCUAGGGGGCCGGACAGGAGGCUCUGACUACAGCAAACAGAGUGGAGGGGGCAGUGGGGGUGGCAGUAAGAAGGAUGUGGUGGAGUUGACGGACGAUAACUUUGACCGGACCGUGCUGCAGAGCGAUGAUGUGUGGUUGGUGGAGUUCUUCGCCCCCUGGUGUGGCCAUUGCAAAAACCUGGAGCCAGAGUGGGCUGCCGCUGCUACUGAGGUCAAGGAUCAGACCAAUGGCAGAGUUCAUCUGGGAGCUGUGGAUGCCACCGUGCAUCAGAAUCUCGCUAGCCGUUACGGGAUUCGUGGGUUCCCCACCAUUAAAAUUUUCAAGAAAGGAGAGGAGCCAGAGGACUACCAGGGAGGCCGCACCCGUUCUGACAUUGUUGCUCGCGCCCUGGACCUCUUCUCCGACAACGUCCCUGCACCUGAGAUACUGGAGAUUGUCAAUGCCGACGUCUUGAAGAAAUCCUGUGAGGACAGCCAGCUGUGUGUCAUCGCCGUGCUACCUCACAUCCUGGAUACAGGUGCGGCAGGUCGUAAUGGCUACCUGGAGGUGCUGAUGAAGAACGCUGACAAGUACAAGAAGAAGAUGUGGGGCUGGUUGUGGGCAGAGGCUGGUGCCCAGAUGGAGCUGGAGUCUGCACUGGGCAUCGGGGGGUUCGGGUACCCCGCCAUGGCGGCCAUUAACGCCCGCAAGAUGAAGUUCGCCCUCCUCAGGGGCUCCUUCAGCGAGACAGGCAUCCAUGAGUUCCUCAGGGACCUGUCCAUGGGCCGCGGCUCCACGUCUACCGUGGGGGGAGGAGCCUUACCCAAGAUCUACACUGUGGAGCCUUGGGAUGGCAAAGAUGGAGAGCUGCCUGUAGAGGACGACAUUGACCUGAGCGACAUCGAUCUGGACGAUUUGGACAAGGAUGAGUUAUGAGUCCGGAUAUGACGCCCGGGGCGUGAUGGGAGAGGGGCUGGCCAUGUGUGUGUGUGUGUCAGUCAUUGUCACAAGGCCUGCGGCAGACUGGUGAGGGUAUGAGGGACUAGACUAGUGUCUCUCUGCCUGCUGGUCUGUCAGGGUUGGUGUGUUUGUGUGUAAAUGAGAGGUAGUAUGCAAUCCCCACGCUCUGCCAUUCUCUCCCCCUCUCUUUACCAUUUCUGUGUGUGUGCUUGCCUGUUUGCAUCUGUGUGUGUGUGUGUGUGUGUGUGCGCGCCCCAUCUCCUAUGGUUGAAGGGGGGGGAUGUUCACCAUUAGAGAACCAAAACAGACAGACACGUGUGCAGCUGUCCCAUACACCUCGGAUCACAAGAGUCAGUUGUGUGUGUGUGUGGAGAUGUGUGAGAGAGAUCUUCAAUACUGUACAGCUUCACUGAUUAGCUCUCUCUAGAGAAAGUGUGUGUGUGUGUGGUGUGUGAGAGAGAUCUCUCUCUAGAGAAAGUGUGUGUGUGUGUGUGUGUGUGUGUGUGUGCGUCAGAUGCUUCUCUCCUACAGCUACACACCCAGACCUAAAGAGUUCAGUCCAGGUCAGGAGACAGCAGCGCCCCCUCUGGGCUUUCUCCCCAGUGUCCUGAACAUGGACUGGUCAGAACUGCCCGAGUCUGAGCUAUAGGACAGACUUCUGCUCUCCCAGAGACCGGAACAGCGAUCACGUGUUUUGCCGACGACUUCACUAUGUUAGUGGUUUCAGAGGGAGAGUAGUGUUUGAUGCUGGAGCGAGAGUUCACAUGAGUCUGAUUGAGUCUGACCUCCAUUUCCCAUACAGAUGGGUUUCUGGGGUAGGUUUGCCUCCAGACAGGUUUGUGUGUGUGUGUGUGUGUGUGUGUGUGUGUGUGUGAACGUGUACAUGAGACCCUGCAGCAUGUGAUGUCUGGCCAUGACAGGGGAGCUACUGUGUAGAUUUUUCUUUCACAAAAUUGUUUCAACUGUGUUUAAAAAAUAAAUGUUUUUUUUUUUUUUGGUUUUUU